GCGGGCACACGCGCCCACAGCUGGUGAACCGUGCGCACGGCCCGGGACACCGCGCACCAGCGCCGAGGAGCUGAGCACCUUCAGACGGGGCAGGGCCUGAGCGGGCCGCAGCUUCCACCGCUUCGGAGAAGCGCCGGCGAGGCUCAGACGAGCGGACGAGACGGAGUUCACGGCACCGGCAGCACCCCGGGGCGGCCCGGCCCGGCCUCCAGUCCCCAGCGCCGGCGGAGCGGGGCCGCGCCGGGCCAUGGCGGAGCGAGGCUGUCCCCGUGCCGCGCGCGGGGGGCGCGCCGGGCCGGACGGGCGCGCCGUACCGGGAGCAGAGGCAGAGGGGCCGCGGGGAAGCCACGCCGUACCGGGGUCGCUGGAGCGCCGGCGCUGCCUGUACCUGCGCACGGGCCGGGCCUGCUGCCAGAUGGUGGAGGUGCUGCUGGCCGCCCUGAUCCUGGUCUGCAGCUCCGUGUCCUGCGGCUCGGCGGGAGGAUACACCGGCCUCCCCGCCCUGGGGGGCAUCUACUACUACCAGUACGGCGGGGCCUACAGCGGCUUCAGCGGAGCAGAGGGGGAGCUAGCCCAGCAGCUUGACCAACGUUUCUACCUACUGAAGCUGCCCAUUGCAAGGGCAGCCAUGGCCGUGGCUGGGUGUCUCCUGGUCUUCCCUUGUGUUCUUAUUUUGAUGCCUUUCUGGACAGGACAGGACAGGACAGGACAGAGCAGAGCCUUCAGAGUACCUUUCUCAGCAAGCAUGCUUAUCAGCAGAGCCAGAAUUACUGAAAAGAUGGACCAACAAACUCCUCAGCUCACUUCUGCAUGCAGUGUGGCAGGGCUUGCAUUGCUCAGCAGGGACAAAACAGCCUGAGGACCCUAAGUGAGAAGAAACUCAAGGUGCUCUGAAAUCUCAGUAAAACUCCAUUAGAUUUUGUCAAAAGAUCUAUAUUGACAGAAUUCCACAAACAGUCUGCAAAGUACUUCCUUCUAAGCAAGACCCAAAUUUGAUCCAAAAAUAGAAAACUCAAGCCCCUCAGAUCGCUUCCGAAGAAACUUUUAAUUUUUCUUCAUAAAUAUAAUUAAUGAAGAAAAGGCACUAGCCCACAUUACUGUCAGGAUUAUUGCACUGCUGACAUGACAGGGACAGCUGCUAUCCAGCCCUGUCAGAAAGGAAGACCAAUCUGCAUGCUACAGAGGCAGUGGUCUCUACAACCCUUAUACAAGAUGGUGACAUAGGCAGCCGACAUAAACCCUGCACCAAAAAUCCUAAUGGAAACACAAGGCAUCUGAGUGCAGACUAGCCAGUUCAUCAGUAGUGGGACUGUUUUAAACAUCUUUUUUAGUGCUGAUAAAAAUGUUAAUAAGAUGAAAAGUUUAAUUUUUGCUUUUGUGCUGAAGGCUAAGCAGGAACAAGUACACUUUCAUCUUGUUUGUGGCCAAACUGGGAACAUACCCUGCCAUGCUCGUUGCUGUGUAUUUGGAAUAUGACUCCUGUUUCCAGAGGCAAGCAAAGGUGCUGUAGCUGACAAUGCAGAGGUUUAUGUUGGUGGAAAAGAGCACUGAAUGUUUCUGCCAGUCUUAGAGCAGCACACCACUGUUGACAGCUUGGCUUCUCUGACUGAGCACUGAGACAAGCACAAGGUCCUGGCUUUAUCCCAUGUCUUCUGGAUACAGGAAGCCUCUUCUGAAGCAUCCAGGAUGAAGGUGGCUAGGUUGCUGCUGAUGUGGGUCUGUGCUCUGCACCUAGAAGCACUAGAUCUACACAUUGCCUGAGCUGAUCUUUCCUAUGCUCCAUAUAAAAUACAUUGGUUGGCACCUGCUUAUCACUCAGAUAUGUAUUUUCUUGUCCUGCACGGAAUGAUGCCACCAUAACCUUCACUCUCCCCUACACCAGUGCUCAUUCAGAACACUGGUACCCUGAGUCCUCCACUGCCCUAAGAACAUACCAGCUGUGGAGUGCUUUCUCCCAUAACCCUAAAUAAUAAAGUGCUGGGCUGAAGGGGAAAAGAACAGCUUAAGUGCAAUAAAUAAAAGUGCUUGCAA